AUGUUCACUACCACACAGACCAUCGCACGGGAGGCGCCAUCAACGGGGCCCCUUGGGCUCAAGACCAACAAUGUCCAUCCGCCAUGCACCAUGCUUCGCGUCAGUGGCACGAACAUUGUGAACGCAGCAGGCGAACAGGUCGUUCUCAAGGGCGCAGGUCUCGGCGGCAUGCUGAACAUGGAGAACUUCAUCACAGGCUACUCUGGCCAUGAACAUGAGCAUCGCGCUGCACUGGCAGAGGUUCUCGGCAAAGAGAAGGCCGAAUUCUUCUCUUCUCGUCUUAUUCACCACUUUUUCACAGAAGCAGAUGCCGCACUCUUCGCGUCGCUAGGCGUGAACUGUCUGCGCAUUCCCUUUAACUACCGCCACUUCAUGGAUGAUGAUAAUCCUAGCGUCAUCAAGACAGAGGGAUUUGUUCUGCUCGACCGCAUUGUCGACAUUUGCGCGCGCUUGAGUCGCGCUUUGUUCUGGAAGUUCCGAGAUUUCCAGGAUCGUGCCAUCCAGCUCUGGGAGGCUCUGGCAAAACACUACGCUGGCAACCCUGUUAUUGCGGGAUACAAUCCUCUCAACGAACCCGCAGACCCGCAGCACACCCGCCUUCAGGCCUGGUUCGAGCGCGCCGAGAAGGCCAUCCGCGCCAUUGACCCCGAGCACAUUCUUUUCGUUGACGGAAACACGUACGCCAUGGACUUCCGCGCCUUCAACCCCAAGAAACCUCUGCCCAACACCGUCUACAGCUGUCACGAUUACAGCGUGAUGGGCUUCCCUCUGCCCGAGCAGUACGAAGGCACAGAGGACCAAAAGUCCAAGCUGCGCUCAAGCUUCAACCGCAAGGUCGAGUUCAUGCGCCAAGCUGGCGUGCCGAUCUGGAACGGCGAAUUCGGCCCUGUGUACCAGAACCCACGAAUCGAUCCUGACGCCGCCGUCACCAACGCCAAGCGUAUCGCCCUGCUGAAAGAGCAGCUGCCCAUCUACCGUGAAUGUGGCGGUGUGUCGUGGAGUAUUUGGCUCUACAAGGAUACCGGCUACCAGGGUAUGGUGUACCUCGACCCCGAGAGCCCGUAUAUGCGCCUCAUCCAGCCGUUCGUCGAGAAGAAGCAGAAGCUCGGUCUUGAUUUCUGGGGCGUUGUCGACAAGAGCGGUGUCGACGGUGACGUCUACGGGCCUUUUAUUUCCAAGCUCAAGGCUAUGAUCCCGGAGCAUCUGCACAAGAAGAAGUACCCCAGUAUCUGGACUUUCGACCGCCAGGUCGAGAGGACUGUGCGGGAGCUGCUGAUGAGCGAGUACCUCGGCUACGAAUUUGCGGAGUUAUUCAAAGAUAAGACCGAGGAGGAGCUGGAGGAGCUGGCUGCCAGCUUUGCGAUUGAGAACUGCAAGACGAGAGAUGAACCGAACGACAUCCUGAGAGCGGAUGCUACACAGCCUACUACAAGCAGGGCAUAA